UUUGGGGGAUGUAUGUUUGUGCCCCCCCCCGCUCCAGCCCCUGUGAGACCCCCUGACACCCAGUGGUUCCUCUCAGCUGGGGGCUCUCGGGGCUGUUAAGGGUUUCCCCUGACAAAACUGGGGUCCCCUUAGGUUGGGGGGGGGGGGGGGGUGUCCCUGUCCCUCUCAGUGAGUUGUGGGGGUGGCUCCUGGUUUGGUGGGUGUCGGGGUCUCCCAGUACUGCCCAGUUCCAGAUCUGAGCACCCUUUGCUGGGCCCAGAAAUGGGGGUUCAGCUUGGAGCUGGCCAGUGAAUGUGACUAUAUCGGGGGUGCUUUCCUUCCCCCUAAAUCCUGUCCGGUUUAACUCUUUCUGGGCUGGUUGGUGAUUCCACAUGGGGUCAGCAUGAGGAUGGGGAGAAGCUGGACACAGUCACGUACCCCAUGUCGGUGUGAACCCCCGCUUUCCCCUCUGCAGCCCUGAGCCCCUUCCUGAGCUUUACCUCCCAUCCCCCAUGAUGGGAUAUCACCCCUGUCCCUUCUCCCUAGGUCCUGUCUCUGUAUGUCCCUUUUCGGGGCUCCCCAAACCCUUUGCAGUGGGCUCUGAAGCUGGUGAAUUACCUGGGUGUUGUUGGGGUGCUUAACUGGUGUUUUAGGGUUUUCAGCCUGUUUCAUAUCAACAGGCUGGUUUCUGAUUUGGAUGAGUGCCUGAUUAAUGAUCCGCUUUAAAAUGCAUCGUAAACUUAAUCUCCCAAUUGAGUAUUUUUUGAAGCAGGGAGGAGUGAUUUCUAAUGCCAGGCUGAGCCCCCAGCAUGGUAGUGAUUGCACUUGUUUGCAGUUGCCCAGUGACUUUUCAUCCGUCUCUGAGCGAUCCCGUUGGCUGUGACUUCCAGGAUCUUUCAGCUGCGAGUUCCCAGCGCAAAGAAAACGAAGGUGGCUCUAUGUCCCAGCUCCAGAGCUCCUGGGAAAUGCACCAGCAGAGCGUGGCGUAUCUUCCAGAUACAGACAUGGAGAUGAUGGCUGCUAGCACAUCGCUUCCCGACCCAGCUGGCGAGUUCGACAGGAACGUACCCCGUAUCUGUGGCGUCUGUGGGGACAGAGCCACUGGCUUUCACUUCAAUGCCAUGACCUGCGAAGGCUGCAAGGGCUUCUUCAGGAGAAGCAUGAAGAGGAAGGCCAUGUUCACCUGCCCGUUCAACGGCGACUGCAAAAUCACCAAGGACAACCGGCGGCACUGCCAGGCGUGCCGCCUGAAGCGCUGCGUGGACAUCGGCAUGAUGAAAGAGUUCAUUCUGACGGACGAGGAGGUUCAGCGGAAGCGCGAGAUGAUACUGAAGCGCAAGGAGGAGGAAGCGCUCAAGGAGAGCCUGAAGCCCAAACUCUCAGAGGAGCAGCAGAAAGUCAUCGAUGUCCUCCUUGAGGCCCAUCGCAAAACCUACGACCCCACGUACGCCGACUUCACCAAGUUUCGGCCUCCUGUGAGAAGCAACCCGAGCAACAGAGGGGCAGCAAAAUCUUCCUCCAUCCUCACCCAGGAGUUGUCUUUGGAGGACUCCACCGACCUCUUCGGCUCCGAUGCCUUCAGCACGUUUCCAGAGUCUGUGGAGCCCCAGAUGUUUUCGAACCUGGUGCUCUCUGAGGAGAAUGACGAGACCUCCUCCAUGAACAUCGAAUUCUCCCACCUCUCCAUGCUCCCGCACUUGGCCGACCUGGUCAGCUACAGCAUACAGAAGGUGAUCGGCUUUGCCAAAAUGAUCCCAGGAUUCAGGGACCUGUCAGCAGAGGACCAGAUUGUGCUGCUGAAAUCCAGCGCCAUUGAGGUGAUCAUGCUGCGCUCGAACCAGUCCUUCACCCUCGAGGACAUGACGUGGACCUGCGGCAGCAACGAGUUCAAGUACAAGAUCAGUGAUGUCACUCAAGCUGGCCACAGCAUGGACCUGCUCGAGCCACUCGUGAAAUUCCAGGUUGGCUUGAAGAAGCUGAACCUUCACGAAGAAGAGCACGUGCUCCUCAUGGCCAUCUGCAUCCUGUCCCCAGAUCGCCCAGGCGUGCAGGACACCUCGCUGGUGGAAUCCCUCCAGGAUCGCCUCUCGGAGAUCCUCCAAGCUUACAUCCGCUGCAGGCACCCUCCUCCCGGCAGCCGCCUGCUCUACGCCAAGAUGAUCCAGAAGCUGGCCGACCUACGGAGCCUGAACGAGGAGCACUCCAAGCAGUACCGCUGCCUCUCCUUCCAGCCCGAGCACAGCAUGCAGCUCACGCCGCUGGUGCUCGAGGUCUUCGGCAACGAGAUAUCCUGACUCCGGCCGUGGGGUUGAGCCCCCACCAGUAAAGGGAUAAGUCAGCCCGGCUCCCCCCAGGCAGCGAGCGGAGAGCCGUGACCCUGGGCAGGAGUUUUGUACAUACAGUUUGGUUUCACACUACUGGAAGUCUCACUUUUUCUCCUCAUCCGCCCCGGCUGAAGUUUGCUCCUGACAGACCCAGAUUCGCGCGGUUUCGCCCGACUCCGUGAGCAGCUUUUCCGCUUCCCUGCCAUCUGCGGGAGCUGACUUAUCCCUUUAUGGAUAUUUGGAGGCUGGGCUGCCUCCAAUCCACUUCUUUCCUGACCCAAAAAAAGUCAGGCUGCUUGGAAGGAGAAGCGCUGGGGUGUUCGGGGGGGGGGGGAGAUGGACUCACGGCGUUGCUGAGCCGUCGGCGCGAUCCUCCCCUCCUAAAAUCUGCGGCGCUCGCCCCCCCAUUUCAAAAAGGGAGACACGGAUUAAGUCACGCACCCCAAAACCCUGCCAGGGACUGCCGUGGGCUGUGUCAUCCCCCCACCCAGGACCAGCUCAAACCACUCCCGGGAGACUGGGAUGAGGCCAGAAGGGGAAUUUGUCCUCAGCAAUCCAAGGAAGCAGCCGGGGGAGCUGACAUUUGCGUUCCCCACACUCCGGGCUGGCUUGGGAGGCAGCAGGGUGAUUUGGGGGUGCCACCACGCUCCCUGAGCUCGACCCCUUCGCUCUCGGCAGCCCCCCGCGACCCUUUGGGGUGUCCUGUGCCGUGCUGGAAGCGGGUGCCGGGGAGGGUCGGGGGGCUCCUGAGCCCCCCCCGCGCCGUGCAGGGUGUCUGGGACCCCGCUCGCCACCGGGUGCUGCUCCUUCUAAAUAAAGUCUUGCUUGAGAACGGC